CACAUAAGAAGAGAAGAGAGAAGAAUGAGAAAACCGGAAGUGGUUCCCGGGAAAGAGAAUGCUGAGAAGAACAAAUACCGGAAAGGGCUGUGGUCACCGGAGGAGGACGAGAAGCUGAUGAGGUAUAUGUUGAACAAUGGGCAGGGCUGUUGGAGUGACAUUGCUAGGAAUGCAGGGCUUCAGAGAUGUGGCAAGAGUUGUCGUCUUCGUUGGAUUAAUUAUCUUCGCCCUGACCUUAAACGUGGAGCCUUCUCUCCCCAGGAAGAAGAGCUUAUUGUGCAUUUGCAUUCCCUCAUAGGCAACAGGUGGUCUCAAAUUGCAUCUCGUUUGCCUGGACGAACAGACAACGAAAUAAAGAACUUUUGGAAUUCCACGUUAAAGAAAAGGUUAAAAAACAACCUUUCGUCCUCUCCAUACAGCCAUGAAUCAUCAGAUCCUAGAUUCGACAUGAUGUAUGGAGGGAUAAUGGCAAUGCAAGAACACGACAUCAUGAGUAUGAACAUAAGCAUGGAUUCAUCGUCAACCUCCUCAUCGUCUUCCCAGUUACCGUUUUCUGCAACAGGACACAGCUCAUUUGACGGUUCAUCCAUGGCUUUUGUAGACAACAACUUCCAAGUGGCCUCUGUGGCCGAGGCCACCAAUGGCUUCCUGCAAGCACCAGGAGGAGGAGGAGGAGGGUGCUUGACAGAAAUGGGAAUGAGAAUGGAAGAGCGGUUUAGGUAUGAAUGUUUGGAGGGUGAAAGAUCAAUGGAAAUUGAAAGAGAAGUGGUAUGUGUUCCACAUGAAGAGAUGAUGAACCACCCUCCAUUAAUGAACAAUAAAAGCAGUUUUGGUCAGUAUUUGGGCACAAAUGAGCAGAAUUUGAAUGUGGAGGAGAUGUUUGGAGACAUGGGAAGCCAUGGACACUUACAAGACAGCUUGAAGAUGGGUAAUAAUGAAUGGGAUUUGGAAAGCUUCAUGCAAGAUAUAUCCUCAUUGCCUCAUUUCCUUUGAUCUCCAACCUCUAAACCUCUACAAAAUCUUCAUUUAUUUUACAAUUCCUUUGGAAGGGGAAAACAAAAAUCCCACAUACACACACACAUAUAUAUAUACAUAUAUAUAUAUAUUCUUUGUCCCUCAUUUCUUCAUAUAUAUAUAUAUAUAUAUUUCCCCAUAUAUUAUAUGAUUUCUUAUCUGUCAAUAAAACCCCACAAAAUAAAAGAAUGAACAGCUGAGGGAGUUAGAGGUGGGAAGGUAGAUUGAAGAUAAAGCAGUGUUUUGCAGUGCAAAAAAAAAGGGCUUCUGUUCUACAAAUCCCAAGUUGAGAGGCAACUUUUCGUAAGUUUGUGUACCUUCAAAACAUGGUGUUUUGUUAGCAGCAAAGGGUUUGGAUCAUUUGUUGUUUUUGUCAUUUAUGUGUACAAAAGCAU